AAAGAAAAAAUAACAAUUUAUUUUACACUAAAUUACAAUAUUAAAAAAAAACUUUCAAUUAUAAAAACUUAUAAAAAAUAUUUAGAUUCUUUAUAAAUUUACUAAAACAUAUUCAACUGAUGUCAGUAGUAGAGCGCAUAGAAAAAUAUAUAAACAAUUAUAUAAGUAUGUCAAUGUCAACGUUAGAAAAUGUACAUGAUGACGUUAGUAAUCUGGUAAACGUCAGUUGCAGAACACAAACUCUUACCGCGUACUUUUAUUUUUAACAAAAUAAUAAUCCUAAAUAAAGAGUUUAUAAUAUUUAUAAAUAAGUGUUCGACUCAAGUUAUUUCCAACUAGGAUAUUUAUAUUAACUGUCAUCCUCUUAUUUUUUUUAUUUGCUACUUGACGUUGCCUAAAAAUAAACAAUAAAAAUAAUAAUUUAAUUGUUUUAUUAUUAGUAAGAGAAAUUUGUGGUAAUUUACAAUAUAAUUAAUUAAUUAAUUAAAUUAAGUGAUGUCAUUGAUACCAAUGUUGUUCUCCAGUUGGUGGGAAAAUUUGAAUCACGUUCAUCGAAUUGAUAAUCAAGAUUUUGCAUUACCCAUAAAUAAUAUUUAUUUCCCAUCAUCGAGGUAUAGAAAUUAUCAGCAUCCAUUUGAUGUGAUAAAUUAUCGACGAAGUAGAUUUAUAACACCAAGAUAUCAAGAAGAAGAAAAAUAUUCAGUGACCUUGGACGUUGGACAAUUUAACCCUGAUGACAUUGCGGUGAAAGUGGCCGACAAUGUAAUUACAGUACAAGCUGGACUUGAAUUAAUCCUGGAUGAGCAUGGUACUGUUUCAAGAGAGUUUGAGAGAAGUUAUGACAUUCCAGAGGAAUAUGAUGUUGAUGAAGCUAAGUCCGAGCUAUCGUCUGAUGGUGUUUUGACAAUCAAUGUGCCUAGAAAAAAAUUAGAAGGUGAAAGAGCGAUUUUAAUUGAAUAUAUACCGUAUCCAGCUGUUAUUGAAGUUGCUCCGGGUGUUGGAGAGCAGGAAAGGCCAAGGUCACCAAACCGACGUCCAAGAUACAAUGGGUCUGUUGCUGCUGGAUAAUUUUAUCUUCUAAAAAUUAUAAAUAUUUAUUUUUAAAAAUAUUUUUAUUGUGAAAAUUAAAUAAUUAUUUCAAUUUUUAAUUUAUUAAAUUUUAUAACAAAUUGAUUUAUAUCAUAAUAUUAUAUAUUUGUAAAUAUAUAUAAGCAUGCGUUGAUAUAUGUCUGAAAGCUUUAUUGCUGUAUAUUUAAAAAUUUUUUAAUUAAAUUAUUUUUUUGUAUUGAGACUAAAUUGUAAUUAUAAAAUUUAUUAUUUAGAAUAAGUUGCAUAAUUAAUGUAUUUAAAAAUAAUUGGCAAUUAUUUACA